AUGGCAAAAGCCGAAACACCGAAUUUAGUGGCGGGUCUCGCGAACCUCGAAGUCAGCGAAGAGGAGUACGAGAACCAGCUGAGCAAGUUGAAAAAAUUCAAAGACCAAAUCAACAUCGAAGGCAACGUGAAAAUCCACAUGUCGAUACAGUGCCAGAAGGAGAUGAUGUGCACUAAAUACAGCGAGGAAUUCGACUACAUAGCGGGCGGUUGCACGGACGGCACUGUCAGAGUGUUCAAGUACGCCACUGGAGAGCCCGCGUUCACUCUCUCCGAUAAAGAAGUGAGAGACGAGACGCCUGUCACUAGCAUAGAACACAGGAGCAUAUCGAAAUUGUAUCCCGUCACGAAUUGCUUCACCGCUACGUAUGCAAACGGUUGCGUGAAAUGCUGGAACUUCCUAUCCAGCCAAUGCAUUUACACGAUCAGAGAGAAACGUCAAACGUACGGUAUCAGAUACCACCCGAGGUUCCCGAAGUUCGUUACCUACGGAGACGAUUUGAAAAUCCACCUGUACGACGAAGAAACCCGAACGCAAGAACGAAUACUACAGGGCAGUAGUUACCCCGAUCGGCAAGACGGGCCUACGUCGAGAGUGUUCGCAGCCGUGUGGCAUCCGAAGAACAAUUACGAAUUGCUAACGGGAGGAUGGGACGAUACGAUACAAUUUUGGGAUCUGAGGCAACCGUAUGGGAUUAGGCAUAUCGCGGGGUGCCACAUAUGCGGCGAAGGAAUCGACAUACAUCCCAAAGGACACGAAAUAUUGGUGUGCAGCCAUCAAACGUCCGAUGCAUUGCAACUGUUCGACUACGGGAGCUUGAGGAGAGUGGCUCGAUUAGAACCGGACAUUUUUCCUAGUAAGUUGUACUGUGGCAAGUAUUUAUCUAAGGAUUUCAUUGUUACGGGCGGAUCUUCGCCGAACUUGGUUCGUAUAAUCGAUCUUCAAAGUACAGCGAACGUUGGUUUAAUAACUUCGUUGAGCAAUGGCGUUUUUUGCAUCGAUGUCGGCCCGGGAAAGAAGCAAAAAUACACUAGAGAAAAAGAGCAUACGGAAGACGUUCAGAUACGAAUGAAAAGCGACAUAACGGUUUUGCCGAAAUUCAUCUUUUUGUCCGGUAAAAAACUGUAUCAAAUGGAUUUUUGCUGA